AUGACCCAGAGGGCUGGGGCUGCCAUGCUGCCUUCAGCUCUCCUCCUUCUCUGUGUCCCAGGCUGUCUGACUGUGAAUGGCCCCAGCACCUUGAUGGGCGCCGUGGGGGAAUCCCUGAGCGUUCAGUAUUGGUAUGAAGAGAAAUACAAGACGUUUAACAAAUACUGGUGCAGACAACCAUGCUUGCCAAUUUAGCAUGAAAUGGUGGAGACCAGAGGGCCCGAGGGAGCGGUGAGGAGUGACCAAGUGGUCAUCACAGACCAUCCUGGGGACCUCACCUUUACUGUGACCUUGGAGAACCUCACGGCAGAUGAUGCCGGAAAAUACCGAUGUGGGAUUGCAACAAUACUGCAGGAAGAGAGUCUGUCUGGUUUCCUGCCCGAUCCCUUCUUCCAGGUUCAAGUGCUGGUCUCCUCGGCCUCCAGUACUGAGAACUCUGUGAAGACACCUGGAUCUCCCACCAGGCCCAGCCAAUGCCAAGGGUCCCUGCCCAGCAACACCUAAUUCCUGCUUCUCCCACUCCUGAAGGUGCCUCUGCUCCUGAGCAUACUCAGUGCUAUCCUCUGGGUGAACAGGUCUUGGAGGACUCCUUGCACAGAGUCAUGA